CAUCUCUCGCCCCCAAGUUAAAAUAACAUCGAUUUAUCGGGACCGGUGUGGUUUCCCCUCUCCCAGACGCGGCUUUUUUUUCGGCAUCGCCCCCAAAAUCCACCACCGAAUCCGAUCGAAACGAACCGAAUCUCGCCCCGGCACGCCGGUAGGUCCACUGAGAUCUUUCCCAAGGAUACGCUCCCCCGCCGAUUCGAUGGCGGUAUGAUACGCGGUCGGUGUCGCCGGAUCCUCCUCCCGGCCCGAUUCGGCAGAUCGGUCGCAGCGAUUUCUCCCGCUUAUCGGAACGCCGGCCGAAGGACAACGGAGAAGGGGAAGGAGGGCGGCGACGAGAGAUAGAUCCUGACGUCCGUUCGGAUUCCCACCUCCGGUUUCUAGCAUUGUUCUGGGAACAUGAAAUUUUAGAUUCCGAAAUUGACUAUAGCAGAAUGCCUCGUCCUCCGGAUAUAGGGUGGCAACAUGGUACAAUGAUCGGGGGACACAGACACCAUGUGCAGUGUAACUAUUGCCACAGGACUAUGAUUGGGGGUAUUACACGGUUCAAGAAACACUUGGCAAGCAAAAGAGGGGAAAUUAAGGGCUGCGAAGCUGUCCCCAAGGAAGUAAGAGAGACUAUAAGGAAGCACCUAGCCACAUUAAAACCCAGGAGGCCAUCCAAAAAGAAACUAAGAAGGAUCGAAGAGGGGGCUAUUUUAGUACCAAUUUCCACCAAUGGUAACAUGGAAACAGAUGCAUCAGACCCAGAUGAGACAAAUACUAGACAGGAACUUCUGACCUUACAGGAAGCAGAAAUUCACUCUCCCAAGUCAUCGGAUCAACAGUUCAUUGUUGGCACAAGGGAGUUCUUUGAUGCCUUUUCUACUAUCUCGUGCAAGGAUGAACAAGGUUUGGCACCUCCUAGAGCCACUGACCUUGGAUGGGCUCAUGGAAUGAUGGUAAAUGGGGACAGACAAAAGAUACAGUGCAAAUACUGCCUUAAGGUAAUAUUAGGAGGUGGGAUUUCUCGUCUUAAACAACAUUUAGCAGGAGAAAGAGGGAAUAUAGCUCCAUGUGAGAAAGUACCUGAUGAUAUCAGAACACAAAUGCAACAACAUCUGGGGUUCAAGGUUUUGGAAAGACUUAAAAAGCAGAAAGACUCUGAGGCUGUUACAAGCUCCACUCAACAGAGCAGAGACGGGUAUGAUUCUGAGAUCCUCAAUGCAAUUUCCACACGGGAGGGUUCUGGCGAAAGAAGAGGAAAGGAAGUGGAUGAAGGGAGCCCCAAUAAAAGAAAGAGAAUCAAAAAGUUGCACAUUCCACAGGCUUCAACAAUAGCUCUGGCUACAGUACAACAUACUUUUGCUUCACAAGAAAGUAUAGACCAUGCUGAUAUUGCAGUUGCAAAAUUUAUGUAUGAUACUGGCAUACCAUUCAAUGCAGCAAAUUCAAUUUAUUUUCAAAGAAUGGCUGAUGCAAUUGCUACAGCAGGACCUGGAUACAAGAUGCCCUCUUAUCAUUCUUUGCGAGGUAAGUUAUUAAAUAGAUGCGUCCAUGAAGUAGGCGAUAUCUGUAAUGAGCUUCGAAAGUCUUGGGAAGUGACGGGUUGUACUGUGAUGGCUGAUAGGUGGAUGGAUAAAACUAGUCGGGUUGUUAUUAAUUUCUUCAUCUAUUGUCCAAAGGGAACCAUGUUUCUCAAGUCAGUAGAUGCUUCUGACAUUGAAAAUACCUCAGAAGGUCUGCUUAGUUUAUUUGAUAGCAUUGUUCAAGAUGUUGGUCCUAGAAACGUUGUGAAUUUUAUAACAGAUAGUGCACCUUGCUACAAAGCUGCAGGAAGGGCAUUAAUGAAGAAGUACAAGACCUUUUUUUGGAGUGUGUGUGCAAAUCAUUGCAUUGAACUAAUGCUCAAGGGCCUUGGUGAAAUGGAUGAAGUGAAUGGGUUAUUGGCAAAGGCAAAGAAAAUAUGUCAGUUAACAUAUAACAGUGCUUGGGUUCUUAAUUUACUGAGGGAGAAAACUGAAGGAAGGGAUCUUAUUCAGCAUGCCAUGACAGAGUUUGUAAUGAAUUUUCUGACUUUACAGAACAUUGUAUCUGUCAGAGACUCUCUUCAGCAGAUAUUUACUAGUACCAAUUGGGAGCAGUCAUCUUUGUCUAAACAAAGAGUGGGAAUGGAUGUGAUGAGAAUUGUGUUAGAUCCACAAUUUUGGGAAUCAUGUACAAAAAUCAUGAAAGUCUCCAAACCGCUUAUCACAGUUCUUAACCUACUGGAUAGCAGAGAAAGGCCUUCCAUGGGAUAUCUACAUGAUUCAAUGGAAAAGGCAAAGAAAGAAAUUAUUUCAGCUUUUGAUAACAAGGAAUCUGAUUACUUGCCAUAUUUGGAGGUCAUUGGUCAUGUACGAGAUGAGCUCCAUAGCCCCCUGUAUGCUGCUGCUUAUUAUCUUAAUCCUUCCAUAUAUUUUAGCCCCACCUUUUCCAUCAAUAACGUGAUUCAGAAAGGUUUACUUGAUUGCAUCGAGACUUUAGAGCCUGAUUUGACAGCACAGGAUAACAUUACUAAGCAUAAAGCUUUCUAUGAGGAUGCUGUGGGAGAUUUCAGUCGGCCUGUGGCAUUAAGAGGAAGAGAAUCAUUGUCUCCAGCCACGUGGUGGUCUCUUUAUGCAUCAGACUAUCCAGAUCUCCAGCGCUUCGCUGUUAGGAUUCUAAGCCAGACAUGCAGCAUAACUACAUCUGAUAGGACUGUGACCAUGAAUGAAAGUGUGCAUUCGAGCAAGAAUAGAUUGGAGCAGGAGAGGUUGAAUGAUCUUGCGCUUGUCCACUAUAACUUGCGUCUUCAAGAGAGGCAACCACUGGCUUUGGUAAGUAAAGCCCUUCCAAGAGGUGAGGAUGACCCAGUAUGCUCGGAAGGAAGGAUUCAUAAUGCUGGAGCUUGGAUUGUGGACCCAGAAGUGCUCGAAGGAGGUGGCAUAAAUAGGAUGGAUGUUGCUUUACCAAGUGAUCCUGCUCCUGCAAGGGAGGUCAGCAAUUCAGGUAAUGGUAAUCUUGGUGAUGAUGAUGGAGGCGCCAAUGAAUGUAAUAAGGGUGAUGGCAGUGUGGAUUCUUGAAACUGAGCUGCAGACAAAUCAGAAGGCCAUGGGCAAUUACAGUUGAAGAUUGCCUAGGAAUAUUAUGUUGGCUAUAGUUACAACAUUAGAUGCCACCAUUUGUAAUAUAAACUACCUGGAUUCUAAAUAGUUGAAUCAGUGUCAUGUUCAUGUACCAUUGUACAUAAAUGUAGGUAACCUGCGGUAAUGCUUAUUUUGGAUUGGUCACUAGUUGAUUGGUGGAUUGUUUCCUGUGAAUGAAAAUGAUGCUAUCAUGCUAGUUCUAUUGGCA